AUGCCACCGCAAGUGCUGGAGGGUAAGCUCAUUCCCGAGGUGGACAUCUUGUUCCUCGGUUCCCCUGGAGUGGGCAAAGCGACUUUCCUGUCACGACUUGAACACAUUCGCGAUGGAAAACUUGACUGGUCUAGCGUCGAGAAGAAACGCGUCUCGGCGCUCACUGGACCGUUGGCCUUUGACGUCACGCUGUUUGGAAGGCCGUACAAAUUUCGUCUUCACCCAUCUACAUCGACUCUCUUUAUCGAUCCCUUCCCGUCCGAACCUGCAUUUACCAUCAUCGCCUUUUCCAUUUCCUCCCGGGAGUCCUUGCAUAAUGCCCAAUACUACUGGCGCAAACAAUUGUCCCGGCACUACGAUGAACUGGAACACCAGAUGCCGGUGAUGCUACUGGGUCUCAAGAGGGAUGAGCGCCAUGAAAAUAGACUGGAAGACGGGACGUUUGAAUGCGUGAUGCCCCAAGAGGGUCUGCGUGUUGCGCAAGAGAUGCGUUGUGAUAGAUAUGCUGAGUGCAGUGCCGUGACCGGUGAGCUGAUGUGGGAAGUACUGGAGGACAUUACUCGGACGGCUGCAAGAACCACUACAGAAAAUGGUGGUCUGAGUCAGGUCAAUACAUGUUCCAUGAUGUGA